AUGCAGAUAGCCCGUGGCCAUAAAGAGCAGCAGGCUGAAGAUCUGAAAGAGGAAGUGAGAAGAGGGCUAAUGGCUGCUGCUGAUAUAUUCAACAAGUUCAAGGAUGAAAAAGGGGGCUUCCAGGAAUCUUUGAUCAAUGAUGUGAGAGGCAUACUAGGGUUGUAUGAAGCCACACAUCUCCGAGUGCAUGAAGAAGGAUUACUUGAUGAAGCACUCGUCUUUACCAACACUCACCUUGAGUCGGUCGUAGAACAUUUAGAAUAUCCUCUUGCAGAACAAGUUACUCAUUCCCUGAAGCAGCCCAUUAGGAAAGGUUCGUACAGACUAGAAGCGAGGUUGUUUAUAUCCAUCUACCAACAUGAAGCUUCGCAUGAUAAAGCUUUGCUGAAGCUGGCGAAGUUAGACUUCAACCUGGUGCAGUCACUGCACUAG